AUGUCACAUAAAACCAACCAUGUCUCCAGCCAAGCCAAAACAUCAAAGUUCCUGCCUUCGCGCACCGGCAAGAUGUCUUCUGCUUUCAAGUCGAUACUGAAUACGGUUCAGCAGACAAUAUCUGGGUCAACGACACCAUUGCCUGGGACUCCGCCAAAUAAUACACCUCUAGAUCAGCUAUUUCCGAAGGUUGAUCCGGCUGUCGAUGGAGAGGACUGUGAUCAUGAUUGUAGCUCAUGUCAUGUCAAAUAUCCGAAAGGGUUUAAAAUCGACGAGGAUGACGAAUUAUAUGGACAUGUGAAGGGAUGGAGUACGCAUAUUCUAGUAGCAACUGGGAAGUCAGAUUGGGUACGGGAUGUGGCAGAUGAGAAAGGUAGUGUCAUGGAAGCCAUUGAGAAGAAGGCAGAUGUAAAACCAACGAGUGGAAAACUCAUGCUCUCAGCCUCCAACAUCCCCACCCCGAGCCACUCAACAAACUACGCAGAACCCACAACCGUCCUCCUCCUCCCCGCCUUCAUAAUCAUCGAAAACGUUACCCCAACCUCAGUAAACACCCUAAUAACAUCCUACAUCAACACCGCACCCACAAACACCUCUCCCCUCCUACCCAUAUCCAUCCCCGCAUCCCUCCCGGAACCCCUCCCCACCGCCGACCAACUAACCUCCCGCCCCUCUCCCCACCGCGCACUCAUCCUCCUCUGCUCCCAAAAAACCCGCGACGCACGCUGUGGGCAGUCCGCGCCCCUCCUACGCAAAGAAUUCGAGCGGCACCUCCGCACCUGCGGACUCUUCCGGGAUCUCGACGACGAGCGACCGGGCGGGGUGGGAAUCUACUUCAUCUCGCACGUCGGCGGCCACAAAUAUUCAGCGAACGUGAUGAUAUAUCGGAAAGCGGAUGCGUUUGGGCUGGACGACGUGCAGCGGGCGAAAUUGGAUGGAGAGGUGUGUCCGCCGCCAUCGAAGGUGGUGGAGGGGGAGGAGAUGGGGGCGGCGCAGUGUAUGUGGAUUGCGCGGGUGAAGCCAGAGGAUUGCGAGGGGAUUGUGAAGUUUACUGUGUUGCAAGGGAAGCUGGUUAAGCCGGAGAGUCAGUUGAGAGGGGGGUUUGAUCGGAAGAGGGGGGUGUUUAGUUGGUGA